AUGGAAACAUGGUGGCACAACUCGCACAACUCACACAACUGGAUUGCUGCAGUCAACGGCUACCAACUCUUCAGAAGGGAUAGCUGUGGAUUUCUUUUACUGCUUCUUCAUAUCCUGAGAGCUGUUACUGCACUAGAGGAGAAGACCAUUGUCAGUAAACUUGGAGACAAUGCUACACUAAGUUGCAUUUAUCAAGGAAGAGAAUUUCACUUACAGAAUUUACGGGUAUAUUGGCAAAUAGCUGAUAGUCAAGAAGAGUGUUUAGUUGUGCAUGCACUGAUCUCUGGUCAAGACAACGAAAGUGAACAGUGUAUUCACUUCAAAAACAGGACUCGGUUAUUCUGGGAUAGACUGGAAAAUGGUGAUUUUUCUUUGCUACUGCUAAACGUCAGCCAGAGUGAUGAACAUACAUACAAAUGUGUGGUAUUGCAGACAACUGAAUAUACCAAAGUGAUUCACCAGACAAAAGUUGUUCUCAGUUUAGCAGCUAGUUAUAGCCCACCAGUACUCAGUGGACCGAUAAGAAACAGCAGCAGCACUGGAGAAGAGGUGACUUUCAGCUGCAGAUCUGGCAAUGGAUACCCAGAGCCUAAUGUCUACUGGAUAAAUAAAACAGACAACAGCCACCUGCUCCCAUCAGGGCUAAAGAUCACGCGCCACACCGAUGGCACCUUCAGCGUUUUUAGCACACUGAGGGUUAAAGCCACGUCCAACAUGAAAAUAGAAUGCUCCGUAGAAAAUAAAUUACUGCAGGAAAAUCUGUCAGCCAACUACACGCAGCAGAAGCAAAGCAAUGAUUCUAGUAUAGAAAGCCACAAAAACCCGGAAAAAAAUGGACGAGGUGCUCAAGCAGCUGGCAUCAUUUCCAUCGUCAUUCUGAUAGGCCUUCUAGCUAUCUUGACCUGCUGGGUGCGCAGACAGAGAUCAUCUAAACUAGUAUCCUACACAGGUCAACCAGAUAAAACAUGCCACGCAUUUGUUGGAGAAACUGUCAUUUUGCCUUGCACCACCACCUCUCCUGGAAAGGUGACGCUUUCCAAUUCAAAGCUCUACUGGCAGAUAGACACUGUCAUAGUGCACUUCUUUCACAAUGGGCAGGAUGAACUGAAGUUCCAGAACAAAAGCUACCAUGGCAGAACCAGUCUUUUUUUGGACCAGAUGAAGCAUGGUAACUUUUCCUUAAAGAUCUCCAAUGUCCAAUUACUGGACACAGCCAUAUAUACUUGCAUCUACAGACAGACUGGGGAUGAAACACAGAAAUCGAAAAUUCAGCUCAUUGUAUCAGAUCCACCUAUCAUUGAUGAGGCAGUUACCCCUUCUGCACAGGUUGCAGAUAUUAUCUGUGCCAAGUGCAACCUGUGCCCUGGGUCCACCUUGUGGCUUAUGUACCAGUAG